ACUCUCGGAUCCCCGCCUUCCCAGCCCAGGAUGCGUGACGAAUGCGGAAGGGGCAGGGCAGGCCCGGUGUGUCAGUUUGCUGUUUGUCCUUUGCGAAGCAGCCCGCGGAGUUUGAGUGUGAGAAGAAGUCAAUGCCAGGAGGUAUGACCCCCCUCAAGAAGCCUCGGAAUCCCACAAAACUGCCCCUGACUUUAAACCCCACGAAGAGCAAGGAUGUUUUGGCAGUGCUGGCUGAGAGGAACCAGGCCAUAGUACCAGUUGGGGCUUGGGUGGAACCUGCCUCACCAAAUUGGUCGGGAAUUCCAGCGCACACUUCAGCAUACAUACUUGAAGAGGAAAUUAAGGAACAGCAGCGAAGGAAGCAAGAGUCUCUGAGACACUUUCAGAGACAAGUCAAACACCGGGUCAAUCAGCAGGCUAAGCUGAGGAAAAAGCAACAACUUGACAAGUCUUACAAAGCAGCAGAAAAGGAAGGCUCUAUAGCCAUACGGUAUUCAGACUCAGCACAUUUAACUUCUAAAAGGACAAGUGUUUUCCCUCGCAAUCUGAAUGCUGCUGUUGGAAGUUUUAGGUUACCCACUUCCCUGGUGCUUGGUAAUGCAACAGAUGAUGCAGAGAAUCAGAAUCAGUUGUUUGAACAACAAGCUCAAGCUCUUAGUCAAACUAUGAAGCAGGCACGUCACCAGCUGGCGUCCUUUAAAACUGUGAGUGAAAAAAAGACAUCAGUGUUUCUAAAUGGUGGAAAGAAAAGCUCUCCUACCCAAGAGGACCUUGGCUGUGGGAAAAUUUCAUCUGUUGUGGUAAGUGAGGAGAGAGACAAUUUGUUUGAGAGCUGCCAGCAGGAUCUCCUUUCUGAAGACAAAGAAAAGGCUCUCAGCAAAGUUCAGAAAGUAAAAUUCAAAAAUCCAUUAUCUGUUGUAAUAAAGGAAGAUGAAGGAAAGCAAUUGUAUCCCCAUAGCCUUCAGCCUGUUCUUCCAGAAGCCCAGGGUUAUUUUGUAGAAGUUAAAAGCUGCCUUCCGGAAUCUCAGAGUGAUGUGAUAGAUGUCCAGGCUGUUGAGCCUAAAGCUUCAAGAAUUGAACCUAAAGAGCCAGGUGGUGAGCCUGACACCCAGGCCGCUGGAAUGGAGUUUCAGACCACAGAGCCAGACGGCCAGGCUGUGAAGACGGAAAUUCAGGACACUCUUAAAGUCCAGACUGUUGAGCUAGACGGGGAUACUGAGCUGGAAGCCCAGGAUUCUCUACCCUCACACCAGGCCUUUCUAUCCAGAGACCAAGAUUUUCUGCUCAAUUGUCAAUACCAGGGUUCUUUACCCAAAGAUCACUGUGUUCUCCCUAAUUACCAGAAUGUUUUACCUAAAUACCAGGACCAGCAUUUUCUACCUGUAGCCCAGGAAUUUCUACCUACAAACCAACUUGCUUUACCCAAAGAACAGAAUCAUCCACUCAAAUGUCAGAAGCAGGAUCUCCCACCUGAAGACCAGUUUCCCCUGCCCAGACAUCAGUAUAUUUUACCUAUAUAUCAGGACCGAAGAGAUCCACAUGUUCUUCCUAAAUGUCAGGAUCAUGAUGUUCUUUCCAAAGCCCAGAACUAUCUACACAGUUAUCAGGAGCAGGAUCUUCCACUGCAAAGUCAGAGCCAGCAGCCAUCUGUUAGGACAGCUGAAAGGUGGCAAGAGGAUUUGUAUCUCAGUGGCCAUGAAUGUCUUCCACCCAGACAACGGAGAGACACGUGCAGCAGGCGACAGCAGCUCUGUGAGGAGUAUCGGUCAGGACCGAGCACUGAACAGCAAGCUCUGCUGCCAUUUCAGUCUGGAGUGGAUCAAGAAGAAGACAAAAAAGAGCGUCAGAAGCAAUAUCUGAGACACAGAAGGAUUUUCAUGGAUAUUGAAAGAGAACAAGUGAAAGAACAGAACAGACAAAGGGAGCAAAAGAGGAGGGCUGAAAAAAUUAAGAAAAGGAAAGAACAAGAGCGCUACGCUGAAGAGCAGAGACUCCUAAGAGUGAACUGUCCUGAAGAACCUUGUUCAGAAGAGAACAUAAGUGAUGUGUUAGCUCAGUUACAGCUGCAAGAAAUAAAAGGAGCCAGAGAAAAACAGCAACAGAGAGAGAAAGAAUAUGUAAGAUAUGUAGAAGCUUUACGAGCCCAGGUCCAGGAGAAAAUGAAGCUUUAUAAUAUCACUUUACCUCCGCUGUGCUGUUGUGGUCCUGAUUUUUGGGAUGCUCAUCCUGACACCUGUGCCAACAAUUGCAUUUUCUAUAAAAACUAUAGAGCAUAUAAUCGGGCAUUGCAUUCGGUCAUCAAUUCUUCUGAUAUCUCUGAGGGGAACGCAACUCUUCGAAAUGCCAUUCGUAAUUUUGCUUCUGCACAUAGACGGAACUUCAAAACAAAGUCUCCAGUAAGAGGAUGAAGUCAGUGACGAUGACUGGUAAAGAGUGUGAGCAGAAUGCUAUGUCAUACAGAAAACCACAGGGCAGCCUGAAGCUAUUGGAAGCUACCACAGUGUCCACGGUUCCAGCCUUACAGUGCACCCAGUGCUACAGCCCUCCAAAGUCCUUUUCUCUACCCCAAGCAAGGCACAUCAAGAGUUUGUUACUGUUGUUUUGUUUACCUUAUAAGCUAUAGAUAUGCUUUAUGUCCACUUUUCAUAUUUAGAGCCAAUAAUGAUGCUCAGAUCAACUCACAAACUAAACACAUAAUGCUAGAAACAUCUUCAACUGCCUUGUCAUACCAAAAGCAAAAUGCAAAGUAAGGAGAACACAAGAGCACCUUUUCAUUUUAAAGUGUUUGGAAACAUGUACAACUUGGAUACAAUUUCAGGAGCUCCAGACACAUAUGUCCACUUCAUGUAAACAUAGAUGCUUUGAGAAGCCACGGUGUGAUUGGUCAGAUUCUAAAUUAAACCCCUGAGGGCAAUAGACACAGCUCAACUAAGAUGUGUGGAUCAUGGUACUCCCCUCUUUAUAGUGUUUGCAAGGAGAUAGAUAAACAUUCUUAGUUGAGCAUGGUGGUUCAUGUCUUUAAUCCCACUACUAUGGAGGCUGAUGCAGAAGGAUUAAGAGUUUGAGGCCAGCUGAGCUGCAUGAAACUGUCUCAAAAAUUUUUAACCCAAAUAAAAUAAUUGUUUCUCCUUCUGCUUCUGUUGCUACUCCUCAUCUUCUUUCUCUUUCUUGUGAACAAAUCAACAGGAUCCUUUUUAUUGUCAGAUUUUCCCAUCGAUUUGUACUUGGGACAUCCUUCUCAUAAUUCUCCCUCUGCUUCACCACCUCACUGAUGCAGGCCUGCUUUUCUCUGUUACUUAAGCUGUUCACCAUCUCACUCAACUGUUGUGUGUGCUUGUUUUAACAACAUUUACAAAUAGAGACUCCCAGGAUUUGUGGCUUUGAUCUUGGGCCAGAAUUCUGAAUGCAGACAGAAUGAAACAAGAAUGCAGACAGUAGUCUGUGGCAGCCAUAGUACCUGUGUCCUUCAGGCCUCCUGGAAGAUGGUCUGUAGUCCUUCAUUUUCCAAAUGGAGGGAUUUUUAUCCAAUUUUGUCAUUUCAUAAUUUUAAAUUUCCCUUCCCAGGCAUUGUCUCCAUUUCUUAGAGCACUAUUGAGAAGGACUGCAAUAUUGAGAAGGACAUUGGCUCUUCUUGUGGUCGUCUCUGCCUGUCUACAUAAAGAAGGCAUAAGCAGCCUUAAGCCUUUGGUUUCUUGAGUCACUUUUAGUCAUCCUGAUCUAUUGUUCUCUAGGAAAUGCAGAACACAGCACAAGGCUCCCUGCCCUCAAACUAGCUCUCCAUGACAAGCAAUUUUUAUAUAAUUGUUACUAAUUAAAAAUGUUAACAAUAAAACACAAGGAACCCAUAAUGCCAGUCACUUUGGAGACUUCCUACUCUAAAAAUCCCUUUCUAAUCCUAGGUAACCAUUAAUCUUAUUUUUUAAUGUAUAAAUAAGCCUAUAUGUGAUUCCUCUUAUAAGUGGAAUAUACAGUAUGAGCUCUUUUUGACUGAACUUCCUCAGUUAGCCUGAUGCCAACACUCACCUGCAUUGUCAGAUUCAUUGGUGUAUUGAAUAGUACUGAGUAAUCGUAACAAUAAAACCAUUUAUUAAUUUAUCCUCUUAGGCAUUUGGGGGGUUUUCUACAUGGCUCUUAUGAAUUCUGCUAUGAGAAUUGUUCUCGGGAUUCUGUAGUACAUGUUUUCAUUUCAUGGUCUAUGGGAGUGAGACUCUGGAGUCACAUAGCAGCUUUGUGUUUCACUUUUGACAAACUGUUUUCCAAAGGAGCCACACUACUUUUCAUUCCCCAGAACAUGUAAAGAAAGGCUCAGCGUUCUUCACCAACAUUCAUCUCUUAGACAGGUGGUUGUGCUGUGGUAUUUCAUUGUGGUUUUAAAAUUCCUCCUAGCAGUUGAUGUUGGUUAUCUUUUUCAUGUGCCUGUUGGCCGUGUGGGUCUGUCUUUUGAAGAUGCUAGUCAGAUAUUUUGCCAGCUUCAUAAUUGGGUUGUCUUUUUAUUAUGGCAUUAUGUUGUAGAAAUUUUAAUCCUGAUUUGGAAUUUCUACAUUGCCUUUGACCAUUUAGCUCCCAGAUAAAAGACACACACAGCCUUUAUGUUUAUGUAAGCCUUAAACAGCACAGGAGCUGGGCAGAUGCCUACCCUCUCUGCUAUUAGAAUCUACUUUCUUAGGAUAAUCCCGAGUUAUUACUUACUGUGUUUCAUCUAGACUGCUCUUAACUCCAAUUGGCCAGCCCUUACAGCCAAGUUUUUAUGGCUCACCCAACUCAUAGUGGCUUCUCUUCCUCCUACACCUUCUUCUUUUUCUCUUGGUUCUCCUUAGACCCCAAGCCCUGGAAACCUAAACCCCACCUUUGGCUCCUCUGCCUAUCUACUGACUGUUGGCAUCUUUAUUUACCAAUCAGAAAUAGCUUGGGGAAGGGUCACAUUUCUAUGUGAGGACUCAAGGUCUUGGGGGCCACCACUUAGCAUUACAAUAGAUAGCAAGACCAAACCUCAACAGAAUUAGAAGAGCUGCUAAUAUAUGCUACACAUAGAUCCUUGAUCAGCUGUAUCAUCUGUAUUCUCUCCCAUUCUGGGAACUAUCUUUCUUUUUUUUUUUUUUUUUUUUUUUUUUUUGAGACAGGGUCUCACUGUAGCUCACUGUAGCUCUUACUGUCCUGGUAGUCACUUUGCAGAUCAGACUGGCUUUGAACUCACAAAGAUUUGCUUAGCUCUGCCUCCCAAAUGCUGGGAUUAAAGAGUGUAAUAACUGCUGCUUUUCACUUUCUUAGUGGUUUCUGCAGCUUGUAGCACACACUUUAUAAAUAUAUACAUUUGUGGCCUGUGUUUUUGCUAUUGUCUGAAAAGCCAUUACUUGAUCCAAGGCCACAAGUGUAGAGUUUUUAAAGUGUUGGUUUUAUAUUUAGAGUCACUUACUAUCCACUUUAAGCUAAUGUGUGUCAAAGGUCAUUCUUUAACAUGUAGAGACCUAGUAUCCCACUAUCACUUGCUAAAGACUACCAUUUGCCACAUAGAAUUGACUGGACAUGUCAGAGCUCACUUGUAAGAUCCCUGUUGUGUACCAUUCAUCCUGUGCCUGUCCUUACCUAGAAUAUUUCUGGAAUACUAUAACUUUGUGAUAAGUUUCAAGUAGACAAGUAUGAGCCCUACCUCUUUGUCCUUUUUAAAAAAGACAAUUUUACAUUUCUGAGUCCAUACAUUUUCAUGAGUUUUAAGGUCACUUUUCUGCCAAAAACAAAACAAAACAACAACAAACAAAGUAAAACAAAAAUCCACAAAAGAAUAGCUGAAUUCUGAUAAGAAACAUACUGAAUUCCUGGUUAAUUUGGAAAUAAUUGGCAUCUGACCCAUGAACGUGGGAUGAGAUCUCUUAUGUAUAUGGCUUUAAUUUUUCCUGGCUGUGUUUUACAUUUACAGAGGACAAAAAUUGUGUGUAGGUUAAACUUGUUCCUAAUGUUAUUGCAUUGAUGUCAUUGUAAAUGAAAUCGCCUUUUUUCCUUCCUCUCUACUUUGAACCUGGUCUUAUGUAACUUAGGCAGGCCUCAAACUCAGUAUGUAGUUAGGAAGAUCCUCUCCCAUUUCUAUUUUCUAGGCAUGUACUGCCACACCCACUUAAUGCAGUGCUGAGGACUGAACCUGGGGCUUUGUGAGUGCUGAGCAAGAGCUGUAUCCUCAACCCAGAACUUUAUGUUCUAAUUAUUAGUGUGUGUGUGUGUGUGUGUGUGCGCACUACUGCUUAUAUAUAUGAAGGUCAAAGGACAACUUCAAAAGUCAUUUUUUCCUUCUUCCACUGGGAUCCAAGAAUGCAACUCAGAUUAUCAGGGUAGGUCACUAGGCACUUUUCUCCACUGAGCCAUCUCUCCAGCUCCAGCCAUGAAUGUUUUAUAUGUUGAAUCUUGUCAUCUUAAAAUAGAAACCCACUUCUAGCUCAGUCUCUUAUGUCUUUUUUCUUGUCUAAUUACUGGUCUUGUUACUGGUUAGAACAUCAUGCACAUAAUUGUAUAGUACUUUAAGAGCAACGAAUUUUUAGUCUCUGUGGUAUUUAUCAGAUUUGAUGAAGUUCCCUUUUAUUACUAACUUAAUGAGUGUUGUUAUCCUGGAAUUGUUGGAUUUUAUCUGAUGCUUUUCUACAUCUAGUAUUAUUAAGUAUUCUUUGGGUUUUUUGUUGUUGCUGCUGCUGCUGCUGCUGCUGCUGCUGCUGCUGCUGCUGCUGUUGUUGUUGUUGUUGUUGUUGUUGUUGUUUUGGAUCAGGGCCUUGCCAUGUAGACUAAGCCAGCUUCAAACUUACAUUCUUACCUUAAAAAAAUUUUAAUAGGUUUUCUUUUGUUAAUACAGUAUUACUUUCCUAAGAUAUGUUGUAUUGACUUUUGUUUCUUUAGUCCUCAUAAAAUUUUUUGUUUGUUUAUUUGUUCUAAGUUUGGUUUUCUGAAACAGGUGAUUUGACUGUGUGAUCUCAAAAUAGUAAAAUGAUGAUUAAAAUUGGGCCAUUGAAUAUCAUCAGAAAACUUUUAAGUCUUUUAGUUUCAGUCUAUAUAUAAAAGUUUCAAGGUUGAUGUCUUAGGGUUUUAUUGCUGUGAAGAGACACCAUGACCACGGCAUCUCUUAUAAAGGAAAACAUUUAAUUGGAGCUGGCUUACAGUGUUAGGAGUUUAGUCCAUUAUCAUCUUGGUGGGAAGCAUGGCGGCUGGCAAACAUGGUUUUGAGAAGGAGCUGAGAGUCCUACUUUUGGAUCAGCAGGCGGCGGGAGGAGAGUGACACUGGGCCUGGCUUGAGCAUUUGAAACUCAAAGCCCACCCCCACUGACACUUGCUCCAAUAAGGCCACACCUCUUAGUAGUGCCACUCCCUGGUGACCAGCAUUCAAAUCUAUGAGCUUAUGGGGCCUAUUCUUCUUCAAACCACCACAGAUGCAAAUGUCCUUGCACUGCAGUCUGGUCUUAUGUUACCAGUGGCCAGUGGUUCCUUCUGUGACUUACAGAGGUCUGAGAGCAGUAGCUUUGAUCAAAAAGAAGUAAGUCACCUGUCACACAUAGCUGCAGUGUGGUGAAUUCUGUUUGAAGUGAUAAAUGUGCUUUGGAAGGAAGUAUGGAAUCCAAGUUUCUUGUUUUUUUCCUAAAUUUGCAUGACUGUUGUCCUGGCUAGUUUUAUGUCAACUUGACACAAGUUGAAGUCACCAGAGAGGAAAGAGCCUCAAUUGACAAAAUGUCUCCAUAUGGCUGGUAGUCCUGGGUUCAAUAAAAGAGCAGGCUGAGCUCCAUGUGGAGCAAGCACCCUCCAUGGCCUCUGCAUAAGCUCCUGCCUCCGGGUUCUUGCCCUUCUUGAGAUCCUGUCCUGACUUCCUUUGAUGAUGAGCUGUGAUGUGGAACUACAAGCAGAACAAACCCUUUCCUUUUGGAGCCUGACUUUUGGUCACGGUACCUUAUCACAGCAGGAGAAAUCCCAACUAAGACAGGGGUAAAUCAAAGUCUGCAGGGUAAACUUCAGUCUCCUUCCUAGAUUAGCAGAGAAUUUUAAGGAAGAAGAGGCUGAAAGGUAAAAACUGAUCCUAAAGAGAUGGAUUUUGAUUUUUGGAGCAGAAAUAGGGUUUAGGGGUAAGGAAAAUAACUAAAUUUAAAGUAGUGUGUGCCUGGGGACUGUCCCUCAGAGUGUUUGCUUAGCAUGUGUAAGAUGAGGAGUUUGAUCCCGGUACAGAAUGAGGAAGGGAGGGAGGGAAGGAGGGAGGGAGGGAGGGAGGAGAGGGUGGGAGGGAGUGGAUAAGUAACAUGGAUGUCUCCUUGGUUAAAAGCACUGGCUGCUCUUCCAGAGGGCCUGGGUUCAGUUCCCAGCACUCAACAUGGCAGCUCAUAAUCAUCUGUAGCUUCAGGAUUACUGAUCUGAUGUCCUCCACAGGCCCAGCUCUGUAUGCACAUGGAGCUCAGACACACAUGCAGGCUAAACACCCAUACACAGAAUAAUUUUUAAAAAAAUUUUUUUGAGAAUAGUCCUUGGAUGGCUGUUCACAUUAUCUGUAGAUGUUUCCUCCUCACUGUUAUUUGAUAGCAAGGCUCUCUGUAUGCAUGAGAUAUAGACACAGGGAACCUUGUUAUCUACACAGGCACACUGCCUGUACCUACUUAAUCCUGUUACUGCGGAGCUCUCUUCCUAUCCUGUCCCAUCCUGUGACUAAAGUGAGCUCCCCCAUCUCCUCAAAGGCAUUGCCUCAGUACUUCUCUUUACUACAUCAUUAAUUUCUCCCACACCAGGUGUAGUGGCAGCAAGUGCCAUUAAUCCCAGCACUCAGAAGACAGAGUCAGGCAGAUCUGGAGUUCAAGGCCAGCCUGGUAUAUAGAGCAAGUUCCAGGACAUCCAAGGCUACACAGAGACACUCUUGUCUCAAAACAAAAGUUCCUAUUAGAAUAUUCCAAAAGGUACACAGAACUGUUGUAAUUAUUUUCCAUAUUGAAAACUACCCAACUUAAAAAAAGGGGGUGGGGACAAAAACAGAAAAAAGCUUGGUUUACCUGACAUAAUUUCAGUUACCACUAAACUUCUUUGUUUCCCUUUAAAACAACAUCCUGAGUUCUCAGUACUCACUGCUCCUUUUCAUAUGUUGCUGAUACAUUAGCAGUUUGCCUUACCACUCUAGUGAAAACAUUCUUGAGGUUGCCUGUGGUGGUGCAUGCACUAGAGAGGCUGAGGCAGGUGGACUCUGUUCCAGGCCAAAGUUACCAGUGGCUUCUGCAUUGCUAAACCUAAAGGUUAUUUUUAAACUUCAUCCUAAUUAUCAACAGGAUUUAACAUAAGUGAUCCAUCACUUUUUUAAUCAUCUUAUCACCUGGCUUCCCCAACGUCAAAGUUUUAGAUUUUUUCUCUUCUUUUCUAUCUUUCCUUCCCCUUGCUCCUUUGAGCUUUUAUCUAAGUCUGUGGCUUUAAGUAUCAACUAUAUACAAACAACUUUGAAAUUUAUUUCUCUAGCUCCUGACUUUAUCUCUAAACUCCAGAUUCAUAAAUUUGGCUGCAUAGGUAACUUUUCUGUAUGCUUGGUUUCCCAAAGAUUUGUGCUUUCCACACUCUACCCACUAUCAGAUAACGACAGUUCUGCACAAAACCUUGUAGAAAUCAUUUGCUCUUCUCUUUCUCUCAUCCUGCAUCAUUCCAUUAGCAAAUGAUGCCAUGUGUCUCCUCUCCUCUCCUCUCCUCUCCUCUCCUCUCCCCUCCCCUCCCCUCCCUUCCCCCUCCCCUUCCCUUUCCUCCUCUCCUCUUUCUUCCCUCCCCUCUCCUUUUCUUUCCCUCUCUCCCUCCCCUUGCCCUUUCCUCUCUCUCUUCCCCUCCUUUUUCCCCAGAAACAGAUAUCCUGUAAUCCGUGCUGGCCUUAAACUCUUCAUGUAGCUAAGAAUGACCUUGAAUGUCUCAUCCUCCUGCCUUCAACCUCUCAAGUGCUAGGAUUAUAGGUGUGUACUGCUACACUUAGCACAUCUUCCUCUCUCCACUCCUCUAACAACACAGCAUUCUAGUGUUCUAACAACACACCCCAGUCCACUCUAAGUAAAUUAGCAACAAAUGUUCCUUAUUAUACUCUUAUCCAUCUCAGUAAAUGCCAUUUCCAUCUCAUUUAUUUUCACCAAAAAUUGUGAAGUCACUCUCUCCACUCUUUCUUAUGCAAGCUGUAUACAGGUUUUAUUGGUUUUAUCCAUAGAAUACACUCAGAAUUCAACUGUUUUUACAGUGCUUGCCUCAUUCCCCUAAGUUACUAAGUAGCCUCCUCCUUGGUUUUCUUGCUUCUGUUUAUGUGCAGCUCAUACAUUGUUCUUAAUACAGUAGCCAGAGCAGGCCUUUCAAAAUCAGAAAGAUCAGUCAUGCCCUUCCACUCCUGCACAGGUCUCCUCUGUCUUCUGAUUUUACUCAGGAGGAAUGGCUUGUCCUUAUAGUGUCAUGCAGGAAAUGAUAGUGUGACCUCAAGCAGAUCUGAGACUUUUCUCCUGCCUCAUUCUUCUCUGCUCUGAUUAGCCACACUGGCUUGUUCUAAUGUGGGCACCCCAAGGACACUUUUGCUUCAAGGCUUUUUCAUCUGUUGUCUUGUGCCAUCUUCCUUUGAUAAUAUUUAGCUUUGUUCAAACACAGUUUAUCACAAGGCCUCCCUAGUGAGCUAACGUGUCCCUCCCUACUCACCCCUGACACAAGUGCUCCAUAUUCCCUCUUUAAAUGUUCCUUCAUGCUGCUGCUUAGUCUAGGCGAUGGGUUAUUUAUUUAUCUUUUCUUCCCGCUGGCUUGUAUACUUCCUAUUUGUUAAAUUUUGUUAUAUAUCCCCAAUAUUAAGGUUGUGCCUGAUACUUACUGGACUUUGUGUCGAUAUUUAUUAAAUAAUUAAACAAAUGUGUCCUCUACCCAACCUUUUCUUCUGUGUUCUGUUUCAUUGUUUUUAGUAGAAUGUUCAACACAGAAUAAUUGCAAAAUUCAGCUGUGCAUAAAUGGAGCUAGUUCUUAAGUUAAUGGUUUUAAAUAAACAGUUGACCACAGUUGAAGUCCUACAAGCAUCUGGACUCUGGGUCAGCAGCGCAGAGCUGCCUCACCCUGGACCUGUGAUGGUGGCAUGAUCCCUUCGCCCAGUGAUCAGUGCCUUGGAAUGCAUGUAGAGAUGUGAUAUUACUGAUAUUACUGUGAUAUUACUUUUCUAGGACUUUCCCUUCUCUCUCUAUAGACUUAGUCUGACCAGAAUAAAGACAAUUGGAAUUUAUUAAAGGUAAUUCUUCAUGAUAGUCUUAUGUAGUAUCUCCUCAGAAAAGUUAUCAGGACUCAUUUUGCCUGGUUUCAUGUUCCCUUGUUGGUGCUAAUUUAGGACAAAUAAUUUAAUGUCUCUGGACAGUGAUUUUUUUUAUAAAAGAGAUGGCUAUACAAUGUGAUUUUCAGCACAGUCUAAUACGUAAGCAUGUGUUCUGUUUUUACUUUUGCCCUCACUAUCACGUUUUGCAGUUGGUUUGCUCUUCUUACUGAGUGUAGACUACUGGUAGAUUUGACAUGUCAGAGAUAAGGGUGAGGAGAAAGAUGAUCUCCCAGGAGUGUUGACACACCUGAGAGCGCAGGGAGGACUACCACUUCUACUCAGAGGGGCUACCCCAGAAGCCCUCGGGAUGUGAGAACCUUCCGGUUUCUGUCUGCGCCCAGAGCUGACCCUAUGCCACAUCUCUCAGUACCCAAAUCCUGCUAGGAGAGACCUGGUCUCCAAGGAGAGCUGACACAGGACUUAUAGGAGGGUCUAGCCACUGUCAGAGACAACAAGACCAGCUAACACCAGAGAUAACCAGAUGGCAAGAGGCAAGUGCAAGAAUCUAAGCAACAGAAACCAAGGCCACUUGGCAUCUUCAGAACCCACUUCUCCCACCACAGCAAGCCCUGGAUACCCCAACACACUGGAAAAGCAAGAUUAUGAUUUAAAAUCACAUCCAUGAUGAUAAUAGAAGACUUUAAGAAGGACAUAAAUAACUCCCUUAAAGAAAUACAGGACAACACAGGUAGACAGGUAGAAGCCCUUACAGAGGAAACAAAAUCCCUAAAAGAAUUAUAGGAAAAUACAACCAAACAGGUGAAGGAAUUGAACAAAAUCAUCCAGGAUCUAAAAAUGGAAAUAGAAACAAUAAAGAAAGCACAAAGGAAGACAACCCUGGAGAUUGAAAACCUAGGAAAGAGAUCAGGAGUCACAGAUGCAAGCAUCACUAACAGAAUACAAGAGACAGAAGAGAGAAUCUCAGGGGCAGAAGAUACCAUAGAAAACAUUGGUAUAGUAGUCCAAGAAAAAGCAAAAUGCAAAAAGCUCCUAGCCCAAAACAUCCAGGAAAUCCAGGACAUAAUGAAAAGAUCAAACCUAAGGAUAAGGUAUAGAAGAGUGCAAAGACUCCAACUUAAAGGGCCAAUAAAUAUCUUCAACAAAAUUCUAGAGGAAAACUUCCCUAACCUAAAGAAAGAGAUGCCCAUAAACAUACAAGGAGCCUACAAGAACUCCAACUAGAUUGGACCAGAAAAGAAAUUUUUCCUGUCACUUAAUAGUCAAAACACCAAAUGCCCAAAACAAAGAAACUAAAAGCAGUAAGGGGAAAGGUCAAGUAACAUAUAAAGGCAGACCUAUCAGAAUUACACCAGACUUCUCACCAGAGACUAUGAAAACUAGAAGAUCCUAGAUAGAUGUCAUACAGACCCUAAGAGAACACAAAUGCCAGCCCAGGCUACUGUAUCCAGCAAAACUCUCCAUUACUAUAGAUGGAGAACCAACCUAUUCCAGAGAUAAGGGUGAGACAAGGUCUCCGUGCUGCCCACUGAUCCUGUCAGAAUGCACCAGGAAGGCAGAACAGAACCACUUACAGUAAAGGCAUGAGUUUAACUAGAGGGGCACAAGCAUUGAGAGCUCAGCUUCAGCUCUUACCCAGAGAAUCCUUCAUCACCUGCCAGCGUCUGGUGUCAGACAGCUACAAUGUAUCGUAUACCUAAAAUAAAUAAAUAAUUCUUUUAAAACAAUAUGUGUGGCACAUUUUUCUAGCUAGUUCAACCUGAGCAAGCUUGUUCCAGAUGCUUAGAUUUACGAAGUGUCUACGUUCUCUCCCUUGUAGUGUUGCAGUUAUCACUGAAUUAUCCAGGCCUCACCCUUACCUUUUUAGCCCUCUUAUGAUGGUCAGGAAUAGGAUUGUCAACAACUUUAUUGACCACUGACUGUAAGCUUUGACUAGAAACUGCUUCUGUCUUUUAAUCAUUUAAAUUAGAGAAAAGGAGGUAGCAGGCAUCACUUUUCUAUUCACUUUUAGAAGCAAAAUAUUUCUUCUCGUUUAUCUUUUACAUGUAGUCAUCACUUUGUGUCUUGUUGUAGGUAUCUUCAGGUUUCUAGGACAAAAAAAAAAAAAAGACAAGAGAUUGAGAGCCUCAAAUUAUAAAGAAAGACAAAAACAGAUGAGCAUCCAGCUCUUUGUAUUGGGUGAAGUUUUUCAAUUUGUUGCUUUAGGUUUGUAAAGCUUUCUUAAAGCAAAAGCAGAGGAUACAUCAUGCCAUGCCCUCAGUGUUGCUGAUAAUCCUAAGGGGGUGUGCUAUGUCAGACACACCAAAUUGAUUCUAAAAAGUAAGGUAUUUGGUGCUGCAACAGGAGUCAUCUCUUCACAGCCCCAAGCAGAAAUUUUGGCCGUAUGCCUCCCCUCAGACUCCAGUACUUAUAGUACUCAUUAAUGGGCCAACCUACUGGACAGGUCGUCCAUUGUCUGAGUCUCCUAACACUCCUAGCAUUGCAAAGAAAAGCAAACAAGCAAUGCCUUCCAUGAAGUAUUUCUGCAAAAAGAAAAGGAAAAGGAUUAUAACCAUAUUUUAGCAUUUUUUUAAAAGCCCAGGUUCUUGAAGGAAACUCAAGGAUAGCACAUAGUUCUGUAUAAGUGAAAGUUACAUUACACCUUCAGUCACAGUGCAGGAGGCAGAGGCAGACCGAUCUCUGAGUUCAAGGCCAGCCUGGUCUGCAUAGUGAAACUUUGUCUCAAAAACAGUCAAUCUAUUACACAAAAGAGACCCUGAGUCCUGAAACUCUCCAUAGUAUAUGAUAAAUUAAUGUUUACUCAUCUAGAACAGUAUUUAACAUGUGUUAGAGAAUGGUCAUGUAAGUCAUUUUCUGACUGAUACUGUGUAAAAAGAAAACGAACAAGUUUUACCACAAAGAAGCAGAUACCUAGAACCUAGGUCAUUCUGUAGGAAAACUGAAACUUUUUAAAGCAGGCUAGUGCCUUACAUUCUGGAUUAAAAGGUUUAUAAACAUGACUGCUGAAUAUAACAUGUGAACCUUGUUUGGAUGCUGAAAGGAGAAAGUCUGAAAAAGGUAACUUGAUCUAAUCCAAGAAAGUGUAGAGUCAUAGUUACUGGUAUUGUGAGGAGUGACAAUGAAAAGAAAUGAUGGCUAGAGAUGUAACUUGGUGUAGCAGUAGUUUAUUAAUGAUUCUGUGCUUCCAACAGGUCUCACAUGUACAUCUGGAUUUGCAAGUCACACACACACACACACACACACACACACACCAAUUAAUUUUGAUAUGCCAUGCCUAGCUUAAUGGCUAGGCAUUUCUAAUCCUUCCCACUGCUAGCAAAUAUUCUUCUGCUCCAAUACUCUUGAGUUAACAUCUUUUAAAAUCUAUAUUUCAUCUCUGCUACCCCAAAUACAAUUGGGGAAGUGGCCCAUGUGGCCACUUUCCCUGAUCCUCAAAUGUUGGUGGGCCUUUAGGUCUGGUCUUUUCCUUCCCCACCAUGGCAAUCUCUGCUUCCCUCCUCUCUCCUCACAGUCUCGCCUCAGUCUACCUGCCUAGCCAUUGGCCAUUGGCUCUUUAUUGAUUGAUCAAAAACCAGCUGGGCACAAGGACCUUCAGCAUUUGGGACACACAGAUUCCCGAUUUGGGGAGCCAGAUUAAUUCAAAGCAUUAGAACCAAUCUCCAACAACUUGGUGAUAAAGCAAAUGCCCUAGCAUGUUCAAGGCCUUGGGUUCAGUGCUUAGCACCACAAACCCCAAAGAAAAAAGCCAGCAAUAAAAACGAAAAGAUCUAUGUCAACACAGACAUGGAUACUGAGAUAGUGAGUGAAAUGGAAGUCUGUCUUAAGAUUCAUCCUAAUUCAACAAAAUAGGACAAAGGAGCAGAUUCAAGUAAGUGGCAACAAAAGCUUAAUAAUACUGGAUCCUGGGGGUGGGUUUAUGAGAAUCAUUAUGCUGUCUGCUUUAUUUUGUGUUUGAGGUUUGUUCUGUUUUGUUUUGGUCUUGUUUUUUGUUUGUGGUUUUUUGUCUUUGUUUUUGUUUUGUUUUGUUUUGUUUUUUUAGUAAUUUACAGCAUAAGUCUUAAGCCUGAAAUGUUAUGUUACUGCUCCUUUGCCUCCUUCCAUGAAUAAAGAGAUUUGAAGGAGAAAGUGUUAUUUCAACUUCUGACGCAGGCAUUUUCAGAUGGUGAAUAGAACCUAGAAGCUACAGACUGGGUCGGUAUGGAGGCUCUGUAACACAGCUCACACCAUGAGUAAUCAGAGAGGCACCUCAUUACCUGCUUUUAUGAAGUAUAUCUGAAUUCCCAGCCCUAUAAAAGUUGAGAAAUCAAGGAGGAAAAACCAUAGAGGACAUUAGGGUAAAAAUGAGAAGGACAAAAUGGUAGUUUAGUAAAAACAGCUUUGAAGUCUGUUUGAAAUGGGGAUAAGAACAUCCAUUCCAUUUAACUCAGAGAUACGAAAAAAUGAUUUCUACCUUCCCUCUAAAUAAAAAUCUCAGGUAAUUGAGAAUCUGUACUUUGAUGCCAUGUAAAUCUAUAAAUGUUUUAAUCUAGAAACAUUUCCCCAUCUUAAAAAUAAAAUUAGCUUGUUUUAUAAAUGGGAUCAGUUUUCCUGUAAAAUGACCUGGGUUCCAGAUUUCUGCUUCCUUAUAAGCAUGUUUUGUUUCUAUUUACAUGCCAAAAUUGUCCUUUGAUAUUGAAGCUCUUGCUUUAUCUUCAGAGUUUGUACUCCUGUGGGAUAGUUUGUGUAGGAGUUAAGAUUGUGAUUAUGGUUUAAAUCCCAGUCUUUCUCGAUGCCAGCUACGUGACCUUAAGUCAGUUACUGAAGGUAUCUAAAUUUUAGAUGGGAAAAAUGAAACUUCAUAGAAUUCUGAGAAUUCAGUGAGAUAGCAUAUGUACAGUGGCUAACAGUAUCUAGCACAUACUAAGUAAAGUGAAUAUUUUAUGUUAACAACAGAAUUACUAUCUCCAGUACCAUUCUUAAUGCCAUAUGCGAAUAUCUCUAUUGUAAAUGUUCCUUAACAAUUCAAGAGGCAAGGCCUUCUGUACAACACAAGCACAUUGGUCCACUGCUGUUUCAGGGUGUCUUAAUGAGCUGAGCUAAUGGGUAUUGGAAUACAAGUCCAUCUAGUAUGGCUUUUAUGUCACUGCCCAAAUAAAAGCAUAUUCUAUGUCCCUAGUGGGAGUGAGGGAGGAUGGGGGGAUAGAGGAGUAGAGGCUGGCUGUGAGCAUGUAGAGGGGAAGGGUAAAGGGAGAGAGGGAGAGCAGGAACAAGAGGAGAGGGCAAGAGAGCAAAACCACGUUUUUCUUUUUCUUUUUGAAGGUGGAAGAUGAAAGAAUGAGUUUGCCAAAUAAGUGGGUGUGUCAAUUAAAUUGCAAAUCAGCCUGCCUUCCCUCUUGCUCAAUCUGAGGGUGAGUUGACACCUGUUUGUAAAUCCUUCCUGGUUCAAAGCUAUAGGUACCCUCAUCUUAGGAGACCCACCCACAUUUGAAUUGCUAAGAUUGAGUUAUGGUUCAGCCUAAAGAGGCCAAGCCUACCCUGUGUUCCCAUGUGGGCACAAUGUUUUCUCUAAGGAAUUAAAACAUUUUGUCAAAAAGAAAAGGUACAAGAUCAUCUUUUUCUGUCAUGCAUCAGGACAUUGUAUUGUAUACACUUUUUAAAAAUUGACUUUUGCUGAAAGAAAAGGCAUCUUGGGGGCAGGGGAGGGGGUAAAGAGAAGGCUCAGCGGUUUAGAGCAGUGGCUGCACUUGUAAUGGACCCGGGUCUGAUUCUUAGCACCCACAUAUUGGCUCGGCCACCUGUAAUUCCAGCUACAAGACCCAGUGUUGUCUUCUGACUUCUGCAGGCAUCAGGAGCACACAUGGUGCACAUACACACAUGCCAGCAAAACAUUUAUUCACAUAAGCCUAAAGCUCUUUAAGACGACAGAAAAGACUGUAAUACCACUCUUGUCUUUGAGGGGCUGGGCUCAGGUAGUCUUUCCCUGUAGCUCUAACUCGUUCUCACCCUGUAAAUAACUUGAGUCAUUUGCAUUAGACAUAGUGGAGACUGGGAGAGGCACAUGAGGAACAGAACUGAGAGUAGGACUAACAGUGGAAGAGCAGAGGGAGAGUCGGAAGCAGAGUGGGAUGCAGCAUAAACUAACACAACAGGAAUGAGCCGUUUAGCUAGUUUUGAGUUCGUGACAACACUUGGUAUUUGUUAUUACAUUUGUAGAUUUACAUGUAAUGGCUCAACCUGGAAGUUCAUUGAUUAAGGAAUGUCGUCUGACACAAGUGAUGAUAGCUGAGAGACAAUGGAUACUCAGUAAAUAUGUAUCUCUUGUUUCCCAUUGUUUAAACUCCUUAUCUACUACCUCUUCCUCUUGACAAUGGCCAAGAUGGAAAUGUAUAGAUGAGUGGCUCAUCUCUAUAUAGUUCAUGAAUUUGGUUCUAGAAGCGCAGUACAGUUGGACCUGCAUUUCUAUAUUCUGGCCCACUGAGGCAGCAGGCACAGGCAAUUUGUUCAGGCCACUAUAGGUGAUGUAAUUGUGUCUAUCUGACAUGCAGGAAACGGACUGCGAGGCUCCUUUACGUGCCUGUGUUUGCCAGGAGCCCUUAUCUUCAUAGUUGGGACUAGAAAUCUUGCUAAAAUGGGCUUAAGUUGGGUAUUGCCCCUUUGUAAAUCUCAUGGUGUUGAUAGCCUCUCUUUGGGGCUAUAGAGAACUGGGAGCAUUUAGAUCAGUUGGCAGGAGUGUCCCUUAGGAUUAACUGGCUUUUGUUUGAGUGAAGUGCCCUUUGAAUUUUUCAACCUUAAGCACUUACUUCCUCUGAGGCAAAGUGCUCUGUGAAAACUUGCCUGUUCUCUUAUGUUCAGAAACUUCCCAACACAGUGUAGCUACUUAAACUACUGCACAUAGGCAUUUUACUCUACUUGAUAACUGUUUAUAGAUUUUUAAAAAGAUUUUCUUAUUUUUAUUUUAUGUGUACAGGUGCUUUGCCUUCGUGUAUACCUGUACCACUUGCAUGCCUGAUGCCUCUAGAGGCAAGAAGAGAGUGUUGGAUCUCCUGAAACUGGAGGUACAGAUGGUUGCGAGCCAGAGCCACCGUGUGAGUGCUGGGAACCAAACCUGGCUUCUCCAAAAGACCAGUAUACUUUCAACUACUGAGCCAUCGCUCCAGCCCCCGGACCGAAUGUUUUAACUCAGGGCAUUGCUGCACACCGCAUUCUGUGUAAUAAAAGGAUGUGCCAGGAACCUGGAAGCCCCUGACAUAUUUCUGCCUUUUUCAAGUGAUGCCUGUCCGUCUCUCGAGCUAGAGCUCAGCUGCUAUAAACUGACUGGGAAGGAGCUUGUUCCAGUUCCUUACUAGAUAGUGGGGCAGGAAGAUUUAGUAAAAGUGCUUAGAGAAACGAUUAGGGCCUGAGAAUAAGAAUUUCCAACAAGACAGAUCUCAAAUCAGGGAAUUCAUGUCAAUCCUACACUUAAUCCCUGAGUCUUGCCGCCUGCCUGUUCACACCAAGGCUGGCCAAUGUGCAUGCAUAUAUCUCUGUCUCAGUUUAUCAUGUCAUGUUUUGAUCCAAGUAAGCGCCACAUGAUCCAGAUACAGAAGGACUCCCUAGUAACCAAGAUCCCUGUGUUACCCUAUAAACUUAAACUCAUAUCUACACACACACACACACACACACACACACACACACACACACACACUGUCAUCUUUAUAUCCUAUUCAUCUUCAUAAUUCAUAAUAUAAAUGAAAUCAUGUACUACUUGGCUUUUUGAUGUAGUCAUUUAAUCUUUUUUUCUUUCAAGACAUUAUUUCAAGACAGCCUGGCCGUCCUGAACCAGGCUGGUCUCACAUUCAGAGAUGGCUUUGCUCUGCUCCCUGAGUGCUGGGGUUAAAGGUGUGUACCACCUACAGCAGGCUUGUAACCAUUUACUUACUGAGGGUCAUUUAUAAAUGUUUGCUAUUUUGAUGAGCUGCUGUGGACAUUUGUGUCCUGGCUUUCGUGUGGAUAGAAAUGUUCGCUUACUCGGUAUACAUGCCCAAGAAUGAAACUUAACUGUAUGGUAAGUGUGUUUCAAACUUAAACAAUGACUCUGUGUACAUGCAUGCAUGCAUGUGCCAUGGUACACAUGUGGAGGUCAGAAGUCAGGUCUUUCCUUCCAUCCUGUGGGUUCCAAGGACUCUGGUUCUCAGGCAUGGCAGUAACCUUAGCUGCUAAGCCAUCUUCCUGACUCACAGUUUACACUUACUAGGAAAGUGACAAUAUGUUCCGAGGGUCAUGUUUCUUGUUUUUUAUUUUUGACCUACUCUGCCAGGUGACAAUGGCUAAAAGUAUAUGUGUCCUACUUGGUCCUCACUGUCACCCUUGUGGGACCAAGUAUACCUCAUUAUGGUUAGAUGGGUGGAAAUUCUGACUAGGCCUCUGAGGACAGUCCUAUGGGAGGAGGAAUGAAUCUUCUAACUGCUCCCCCUCUGGACUUCCAAUGUGGUGUAUGGGUCGGAGUACUCAUUAUUACUGAGAGGAGGUAAAAGUUUCUUCACAUUUGAAGUUCUCAGUUCUCACCUCAGGGUAUGGGGAUCUGUUGUAGACAGGGGUAAGCAGAAAUACGGGUCACCUGUAGUCUUGGCUGACAGGACUGGAGAGCUCUAGUGUUCUGUCUGGUGCUUGUUUGGAGUGGGCCUCUUAUUGCUUGGCUGCUCUUCCCUUGGUCUUUUGACUGCACGUGGUUAACUUUUCUGGGCGCUUCCCUUCCUCCAUUCUAGGAGUGUCUAUGUUAGCUUAGGUUUAACCUAGAAUUCAUGUUCCUGCCUUUGCCUCCCAAGUGCUGGGGUUUCAAAUGUGGACGACUAACUAGGCUCAGUAUUUCUGAACCCUUCUUGAAACCCACUUACAACAACUGCUGUUCAAAGGAAAAACUCUCAACCUGUUAGCAUGGCCAUUCACUGCUCUUAACCACCUCACUGCACGUAGGAACAGUCACAUCUUCUGUAGUUUUUCUUUUCCACCAUGCACAUGUGGAAAACAGUUGCCAGCUAUGCAGAAUUUCCUUCAGGAUCAUGCUUUUUGUGGUGUGUUGUUUUGCAGAUGUGCUCUGUGGGUCCCUACCUUCUCAUCUUCUCUACAUGGUAAGCAGCUAGCCAUUCCUCAAAUCUGGGCAUGUUACAUAUGGUGAAGCCUUCUGAGAUUAAGAAGUAUUUGAUCCCAUCUCAGGGUUAUCCUAUUUCUAUGAACACACUCUGUAGUGUGCUUUCUUGUUCACAUCGAUUUACCAAUCUGCCCUAGAAGUGGGGCUAUGCUAUACAUCCCUGACCUAUUCAGCUGUAAAUUCUUUGUGGUCAGGCACUGUGCCUGUUUUAUCAGUUUGUCCUCAACCUAACACAGAACUGACACUGAACACACGUUUAUUAAAUAGGUAAAUGGAUGAAUUAUUGCUUUCACCCGAAGACCAUCAGCAACUUGUGAGAUUAGGACACCGAGACAAACUCCUCUUUAUCAUUGCCAUUUACUUCUUAAGCAAAGCAACAUUGAGAAAUUAUAAUAGUUAACCACUUAUGCUGCACUGUUCCCCCUUCUAUAAUGACUCUGAGGUUGUGCUGUUUCUUGUCAGCUGAGGAGGUUGGGUACGGGAGAAGAAGCAGAUGUGGUGUGUCAAGACAGUUCUUCAGGACAUUAUUAACUGCCAGUCCAGUCUUUGGUAAAUCCAAACCCCUGUUUGUAACUACUUUUAUCAAGGUGGAGCUUUUCUUUGAUAGGCAUUUCAGAAAUGCAGCUUUCACUGAGCGGCGUAGCAUAGGUUUGUCUUGCCCACAAGCACACUGUCAAGGAUUUUACAAGACAAACCUGUACCUCUAUACACAUCAGCUCUUUGUAAGAACACUGAGCUGAUGUCUGAUUAUACAUACAUAAUCUCUCUACCUACAAGAAAACUACUGAACAUGUCAGGCACUAUUAAAUAUUUUAUAUAAGUAACUUCUAGUUCUUACAGCCACCUUGUACUGCAGGUGUCACUGUCCAUGUUUCGUAGCUAUGGGAACGGAGAAUCAGGAUUGUCUUGGACUCUAAGCAGUGUUUUCUAUUUUUAGUGUCUGUCUCUCAAUGAAAACUCCUAGUAUUAUAUUUCUCCCAGUAUCCCAACUUCCUGCCCCUUCAAUCACAUCUCUUGAGAUACGGUUCUUCUGUCAUCUGUUUUAUAAGACAGAAAAGGGAGGAGAAAUGCAUUUUUAAGUUGAUGCUUACCUGUAUGCUGAUAUUUUGUUCUUCAGCCUAGUAACUUCUUUUGACAUUUGGUCUCCCAAUAUUCAGGAGCAUUCACGGCCUUUUGUCCCUUCCUUAAAACCAAGGAAGGUACUCAUUGCUUAAGAGUCUAAACAGAAAGCUACAUGGUGAUCGAUGAAAUUUAGUAGCAAUUGAAACUGAUGCUUUGUGGCUAAAAAGACUAUUAACGUUGGAUUUCUUCAUCACAAAUGCCUAAUACUGGAGCAUAGUAAUUAGAGGGCUGCCAAUUAGUGAAAGACCCCCAGAGAGGACCUUUCCCUCAGGAGGAGUCCCAAGCGCCCAAUGACCGAGCCGAGUCCACUCGGAUGCAAUCAGCAAGAGGGUUUAUUGGAAAACACAGGUACCUGCGGGCACACAGUCUCUUCGGAGGACUUGCGCACCCAGCAGCUCCAGCAUGGGGCUUUUAUAGGGAUUGGGGAAGCAGAAGCGGGCGUACAGAAGCAGAUGCAUAGUUACGGGGAUUGGUGGAUUCAAACGAGGCACAUAGACAUGUUCACAUAUGAUUGGCUAUUUCACAUGAUGAGGUAAUAAGGUAUAGCUACACACAUUGGCAGGUUUGGGGCAUCCUGGAUGUCGGGGGCUGGGGGCUUAUCUCUUCCUGCCAGGUGGCCUGUGAGUGGUACUCCUGGUCUGUUCUGCAUUCCUUUCCUUUUAUGGUCUGUUAGUUUUCACGGUGACUCGGCCCUAGGUAUCUGGGCGUGCCUGGGCUCGUUCAAGCCUGUUGCAACUCUGAGUUAAGACUCAUGGGGUGGGUCUUUCAUUUUCCCCCAUUUUCUUUUAGACUUGAGUAAAAUCCUUUACUCAAAUCGAAUUCUAAGGAAUCUCUUCCUGUUGUCUUACCCUCUGGUAUUGUUGGGUGAGAACAAGCGUCUGAAUGACUGAGAGUCUGUUCUUUAUGAACUGCAUCAAUCUGUUUAGAAUGCAGGGGCCAAAGAGGAAGAUUAGGAGAAGGAUGAUUAAGGGUCCCAUCAAGGUGGACACCAGGGUAGCAAACCAAGGGGAUCGGUUAAACCACCCCUCGAACCAGCCUUGUUGGGAAUCAAACAGCUUCUGUCUCUGGGCCAAGCGUUCUCGGAGCUUAGCCAUGUUAUCUCUCACUAAUCCUGUAUGGUCUGCAUAGAAACAACAUUCUUUCAGUGUAGCACACAGGUUCCUUCUUUAAGGAAUAUCAGGUCUAAUCUUCUCCUAUUCUGAAGGACUACCUCUGAGAGGGAGGUUAGGUAUUCUUGGAGGUCAGCUAAAAAGUCUUUCACUCUUUUUAUAUCUGAGUCAAUGGCAGUUCUGAAUUCUCUAUAAACCUUGCAUUGCAGGGCAAUGGCAGAUGUCCUUGUGCUGCCCUUGCAGCACCUAGAUAGCCUUAAGUAAUUCUCAACUCUUUUUUUUUUUUCUUACUAAGUCUUUAGCAUCAGGAUUCCAAUCUGGACACUAUCUAAACCUACACACCAAGGUCAUGACUAGCUUUUAGAACUUCUAAACUUAUACAGAUUGUGAUCCCUGAGGCACAGUCCCAAGAAGUGUUAGGAGUACUAACAUAUGCAAUGUUACAUCAUUUGUAAUAGAAAUCAAGCCUAACCCACACCUAUCUUGACAGAACCCAGGACAAACAUGACUGAAUUUCCCUCUAGGUCCCAGCUCUCAGCCCCAACAGCUAGUACAUGGCUGGUGAGGGCUGAGAAUUGACAGCUGUCAGGGUGGUCAGCAGCACCAGGUACGGUCCUUUCCAGCGAGGCUCGAGUGUCUGGACUCAGUGUAGCUGCAACCUGGAACUGAUGGGAUGUCUCAGGGGUCUCCGGGGCAUAGGCUGCUGUCAGCUGUGAGCAGAUUUCUUUCUGUAUCACCUGUAGGUCUUUUAGCCUGGCACACAAAUCAUUAUUACUAUGGCACUAUGACAUGUUGGUUCAGUAACAUCAUCUAAUACAGUCAGGGGGGCUGAGGCCCCAUAUAAGAUCGCAAAGGGGGUAAGGCUGAAUCUGGAAGGGGUAUUUCUUGCUCUGAAGAGAGCAAGAGGGAAGGAGUGUCACCCAGUCUGUGCCAGUCUCCAUGGUUAAUUUGGUCAGGGUCUCUUUUAGAGUUCCAUUUAUUUACCCUACCUGUCCUGAACUUUGAGGUCUGUAAAUACAAUGUAAUUUCCAAUCGACCUCUAAAUACUUGGCCACACCCUGGCUUACCUUGGCAACGAAAGUAGGGCCGUUGUCUGACCAGAUUACCUUGGGCAUUCCAAAUCGGAGGAAGAUUUCUUCCAGUAUCUUCUUGAUGAUUGCAGAGGCCGUCUCUUGUUUGGUGAGGAAAGCUUCUAUCUAUUCCUGAAAAAGUAUCUACAAGCACUAGGAGAUACUUGUGAUUAUAUUUUUCUGGUUUUAUCUCAGUGAAGUUCACUUCGACUUUUCACCAAACUCUCUAGGUCUCUUUGCCCUGUUUGCUUGCUAAGCAUUCACUUAUUGACAUACCUUAUACUUUCUACUGCCUCUCUGGCUAAAAUCUUAAAGUCUAUUACAUACACUUAACUACUUGGACAAACUUUUUAUCUCCUAAAUGAGUCCAUUUCUGUAUUUGGCAAAGUGAGUCUUUUCUUUGUUCUCUGGGGGAGUAUAGCUUUCCCCUCAAGCGUGCCAUUGUCCUUUAUCUUUUAAGCAAUUUGGGCCUUUUCUAAGUGAGGCCAUCCCUUAGUCCGAUCCCAGUUCCCAGUGGCUGUCUCUUGCAGGCCUGCAACCAGGAUGGGCUCCUGCAUAACCAUUUUUCGAGCCACUUGAUCUGCUUCGUUAUUGCCCCAUGUCACUGAAUCUCUUCCCUCCUGAUAUCCUGAGCAAUGAAUAGUACUCACAGUUGUUGGCUUCAUCAGGGCAUCCAAGAGAUGGCAAAGGCAUCUGCGGCACUGAUGUACUGGGGGGUUGAGGUUCAGCCAUCCUAGAUGACAUUGUGUUGUCCACCAUGGCAGCACCCACUUAUCUCUGACCUUCAUGAAGAGAACUGUUCCCGUCUGUGGACAAGGUAGCCUCGGCUUUCAGCAGGGGUCAAUCAGCCAGUCGCAGAGGUCUUUCCUCCACCCAUGGGCUUCUGCCAGUGCUUGACACUCGUGCUGUGGUGGCUCCAGGUCGGAUUGGGCAGCAAGGUGACCAGAUUGCCCCCAACAGGUGGAGAAUCUAGUCCAUGGCAGCUGACCAGUGGUCCCAUCUUUUGGGACACUCUAUUCAAAGGCAAACAUCAGCCAGUCUAUCACAGUUUAAGUCCUGGAUUGGGUGAUAAUUGUUAGUGCCCGGCUGGCAGGAGUGAUAUGUUCCAAGUAGAACAGCGCUAAGCCAUUCAUCUCCCAGCAUCAGGUACUGGUGCACUGAGACAGGUCUUAAGCUCCGCAUACACAGUCUGUAGAUAUGCAUACACAUGGCCUCACCCAGCCAUUUCAGCCCACGCAAGCCAUUUUGGGGAGCAAUUUUCUCAUGAGCAAGGGAUGGGGGCAGUCAGGGAUGACUAUGAACUAGUGGGUUACCCGGCCCACACCAAGGUCCACUGUUCUUCGGGCAGUCCAUAAGUAUUGUUUGUUGCCAGCAGGCCCCUGUACCCAAGGUCUUUGGAUACUGGCCCACUGGAGCAUAGGAGCACAGAGCAUUGGGUCCCUGUAUCCACAAAACAACUGGGCGGGCUUCCCUUCUAUCUCUGUGCAUAGCCAGCACCAAGAGGCUCUCCAGUGUCCCCUCUUGUUCUUUCUGGGGCAGUCCCUGACCCAAUGUCCUUUUUCUUCGUAUUAGGCACACUGAUCUUUAGCCAGGAAUUCUCUUCUGUUGCCAGGUACUAUCUUCCUAAGUUCCCUAACUACUGUGGCCAGUAUAUGUUCCUCUCUUGUCUUUUAUCUCUCUUUAGCUCUCUAAUUUCCUCUUCUUUUUGUCUCUUUUCUUCCCUAGCUUCCUGCUCUUUUUAUCCUCUUUCUUCCUGUCUUUCUUUCUUUCUUUCUUUCUUUCUUUCUUUUUUUUUUCAGUCUCUCUGCAUCUUCUUCUACAGCUAUUAGGUGCUGUCCACUUUUCUGCACAGACCCUGAA